AUGUCAUUUGGUUUCGAUGCUCGACCAGCUCCGGCGGUCGUGAUCCGCAGACUGCCGCGCAACACCAGCGCGGAAACCCUCAGAAGCAUGUUGAUAUUUGCUGGGGAUCUGAUAGACACCGAAUUCAUCCGCUCACCGUACCCGGAAGACCAGGGCUUCGCUACGGCGGUCGCACGUUUUCAAAGUUCCACGGGAGCGUUUGAGGCGCAACAGAAGCUACACGGCAAGCCAAAUACCGCAAAAGACGCGACCAUGAUUGUCGAAACUCAUGGCGGCAGUGCAACGUCUUCGUUCGAAAGACGCAAUACCGUCGAUGGAGCUUCGGCCACUUCUCGCACUCCUACGAGUUCCUCCUCCUCGGUCGGCUCUCUUGGUGGUCCGCCGGGCCGUUCGCGUUUUGGGAGCACAUUCCACCCAAGCGAAAAGGUCUCACCACCACUAUCGAUGUCAAGUUCUGGCGGCACUGGAGACUUCCCAAUACCGGAGUCUAGCGCGCAUUUCCAAAAUCUGUUCUCGCCACAGUCGCCUUUGACGAAUGGCCACCACCGAAUUUCCGGCAAAUCCAUGAUCAACGACGACUCGGUCGAUGACGAGACCGGUGAGCUGUUGAAGGAUCCGGUGGCGUACGCCAAAAGUGGUCAGCAGCCAGCCAUGCGCAGGUCGACCAACCCUCAGAUACCAUUAGGUCGCUUCGCCAGCAUGUCUCUCAGCUCGCCUAACGGCGGCCACAAUACCGGACAUGUAUCCGGCAAUGGGUACGGCUCGCCGCGGGGCACUUCUGCCCUGCACAGUCCGGUUCCGCCAAUGUCACCGACAGAUGGUCCACAUGCCGGCCCAAACGGACAAUACAUGGCCGCCAACUACCCGAGACCGCACUACCCGCCUGUGAAUCCCGCCGAUCAAAACCCUCCAUGCAAUACCCUGUAUGUGGGCAAUCUUCCAAUCGAUACAUCCGAGGACGAGCUCAAGUCUCUGUUCUCCAAGCAGCGCGGGUAUAAGCGGCUCUGCUUCCGAACGAAGCAAAACGGACCCAUGUGCUUUGUCGAGUUUGAGGACACUUCUUUCGCGACCAAGACCCUUCAUGAGCUCUAUGGUCAUCCUCUGCAUAACAGUGUCAAGGGCGGCAUUCGGCUGAGCUUUUCGAAGAACCCGCUAGGAGUGCGCUCCGGGCAGACAAACGGUAUCAGUCCACACGCCGCCAUGUCGCCGCAAGCGAUGGCGCCAGGUCUGGGAGGUAUGAUGAACGGCUACAGCUCUGUAUCCGGCCCGCCGCCGGGACUCGGUUCUGGCAUGAUGAAUGGUGGCUCUUACCGCGGACCACCACCAAUCACCACGGACAGCAUGUUCUCCAACCCUUUCGGCAUGGCCUCGCCUGAUUUCGCCGCUCAGUUGAGUCCGCGGAACACUUUCUCGGGUGGCAUUCCACCUACCCUCGGCGCUGGCAUGUAUGGCAGGGAUAGCCGCAAUCACAGCUAUGCAGACUACAUGCCUCGACACUAA